AAACAACGUGUGCAUGUCAUUUUACGUGACAACGCGAGGAACAUGAAGAAGGCAAUGGAUGAAUUGGGCGUGCCAAGUCUGGGCUGUGUUGCUCACUCACUGCAGCUGGCUGUGCAUGAGGGUUUGCUCUCACAACGUAGCAUACUAGAUGCACUUGCCAACGCCAGAAAAAUCAUUGGUCAUUUCAAGCACUCAACUUUGGCAUACUCAAAACUACAAGACAUCCAAAUUGAGAUGAAAGUGCCUGUAAAGCGCUUACUGCAAGAUGUCCAAGUAAGAUGGAAUAGUACACUCUACAUGAUGCAGAGCCUCCUCGGCCAAAAGCGCACCUUGAGCGUUUAUGCUGCAGAGCACAACCUCCCAGCUACUCUAACAGUGAACCAGUGGGGACUGAUGGAGAGGGCGGUUGAAAUCUUAGCUCCAUUCGAGGAGCUAACAAGAGCUGUCAGCGCUGAAACAGCCACUACAGCUGACGUGAUUCCUGCAAUUGCAGCCCUGAAGCGUGUUCUUUCCAGAGAGCAGGCCACUGAUGAAGGAGUUAAGACUAUGAAAAGGACCCUAUUGGAGGCAGUGGAACGACGUUUCAGCCACGUUGAAAGUGAUCCACUGUAUUCUGUGGCAUCAUUGGUGGAUCCAAGAUAUAAAGACAGAUACUUUGCAGAUCCUAAUAGCUUAGGGCCUGCCAAAGACGCUCUCAUUAGAGAGGUGGAGAAGAUGGAGGAGUUAAAGAAAGCCAGCAGUGAUGUGCCAGAAGAGCAACAGUCUAGCAAGAAGCCACGUCUCAGCACAGACACCAGCCUUGGCAGUGUGUUUGAAGAGAUCCUGCAAGAGAGUGAGCAGGAAAGGUGA